AUGCGACGCGCUCAAGUGCGCGAAGCGCAAAAGGCAUAUCGAUCUCGCCAACAAAACCAGCUCUCAACACUGAAAGCUCGUGUAGAGCAGUUGGAAGAUGCAUUUGACAAUCUGAGCCAAACCGUGCAAGCAUUUGAGGACCAAGUAAUUCAGAGUGGGUCGCAAUGGACUCAAACGGAACUCUUGCAGACCGUCAAGUCACUACGGGAAGAUAUAGUAUCCCAGUUUGAGCGGGCUGGUAUUCAGUCUCGAGAUCCUCCAAAAGAUCAAACUACAGAACCAUCCCAGCCUGUCAAUGAGCAGCCCCAUCCUCCAGUCACAUCUGAGGCAUUAAUCGCGAGAGAUCGCACCACGGGGUCUAAUUUCUGGUCUCUAUUCUUGAGCUCAACGGCAGUCAUGGUACCAUCAACUAAUACGCAGACCACGGUGAAUGAAUCGAAUGAUUUGAUUCCCGUUAAUUCGGUACAAUCUACCAAUGAGACCGACACCAUCCCAUAUGCAACGACACCUUUCACACAACGGCUUUAUCGUGCUUGCGUCGAAAGUGGUUACCUUUUCCUUUCCAACAACACAUCUAAGGACAAAGACAUGUGGCAAUUUAAGUACCUGCUGCAAAGAAUGCCACGGGCCGAGAUCAUAGAACAUUUUCAACGUGUCGCCAACAAGGAGCCUUGCAAUCCUAUCAUUGAUGUCCGAUUCCCCUAUAUCAGCAUUGGAGGUUCAGGAACACACUUUUUACAGCAUCACAGUGACGCCUGGUCAGAUAACCUCGCUCCCUUCAGAACAACAAAUGGCGUGUUUCAUAUUCCCUCCGAUGAAGAAUGGUUUGACAUCCAUGAUGUUGAAAGAUACCUGUUCAACCAAGGGAUUGGAGUGGGCAACUUCCCAGCUUCGGAAUUCAUGGAAUCCCACUCUGAUACCCCAAAUAUUGGGGGUUUGAGUUUGGUGACGUAUGGAGCAACGCCAGGCAGUACCAUGAUGGUUAUUGAUGAGGAUGAGUUGGUUACUAGUACGUAUUUCCCAUCCUUUGCUUUCGCACUUGGCUCCAAUGAGCAUUGA